GGCACACGGUCCUCCAGCUGUAAGACAGGAAAAUGGUAGCCAGAGAGGGGAAUCGGAAAUAAACAUCUUGUGUUGCAAUACAUGCAAAAGGCCAUAUGAACAGUCUACAAGUGAAGAACAUAUUGCAAAGCGUGUAAAACAUGAUGAAGUAUACUCAGCGCCAACAGUCAGUGAAGAUAAAUUUUCAUAUAUGGGUGACUUUGCAGUCGUUUAUACAGAUGGUUGUUGCUCAGGUAAUGGACGUAAUAGGGCACGUGCUGGAAUAGGUGUCUACUGGGGACCAGGCCACCCUUUAAACACCAGUGAAAGACUUCCUGGACGGCAGACUAAUCAAAGAGCAGAAAUACAUGCAGCCUGCAAAGCAAUAGAGCAAGCAAAGAGUCAAAACAUCAAGAAACUAAUUAUCUACACUGAUAGCAAGUUCACUAUUAAUGGUAUUACCAGCUGGGUUGACAACUGGAAAACAAAUGGCUGGAGAACAAGUUCAGGAGGAAGUGUAAUAAAUAAAGAAGAUUUUGAAAGACUUGAUAAUCUAUCAAAAGGCAUAGAGAUUCAGUGGAUGCAUAUUCCUGGUCAUGCUGGCUUCCAAGGAAAUGAAGAAGCUGAUAGACUAGCAAGAGAAGGAGCUACUAAACAAAGUCCUGACGUACUGGGACUAGAGACUGUUGCAGUGGGAGGAAAAGGACCAACACCACAGUGACAACUUGAACUGCUGUAAUUGUUUCAGAGUUGAACUUUGAACUGUACUUCCUUCUGGCCUGAAGUGUUAAACAUAUACCAACUUCUGGGGAGAAAAAAACAAAUUUUCUUCUGUAGCGUUUGUUUCACAAUCGAGUCAAUGUUUAGUUGAUGAUACAGAGUGUUUGGUUUUUCUCCAUCUUACUGAAGGGCCGUGGUCAGUGUUUUUAGCUGUCUUGUAGACUUCUGAAUUCACCGUAAAGACAGGCUUCUGAAGAAGUAAUAUUAAAUCUUUAUCCUAAGUG